AUGACUGCUAAAAGGUUAAAUAUAAGAAAUGCUGUUAUUCCAAAUGGUUUGAGCGAAGAUGAGAUUAACUCAUCUGAGUCUGAAGAUGAAAUGAGUAAAGUGACACAUGCUUUACGAAAUGAAUUGAAUAUGAGCGAAAACUCUUCAACAAGGGAAAGUGAUAACGAUGAAAGCGUUGAAAGCGAAGAGGAUGAAAAUUUUGUAACUCCGACAGCUGACUUUGCUGACAACAUGCCACCACCACCUAUUCAUGAUGAACUGCAACCAAUUGAUUAUUUUUAUAAUAUGUUCGGCAAGCAAUCAACAACACUCUUGACAAAUCAAUCGAAUCUAUAUUCUGUUCAAAAAAAUCCCAACAAAGCAGCACGUAUUUCGGAAACAGAAAUGGAACAUUUCAUUGGUAUUUUGUUAAUGACAGGUAUUUAUUCUUUUCCAGAGCAACGUUAUUUCUGGUCGAACAAUACACGUGUUGAAUCUAUAUCUUCAGUCAUGACUCGAGAUCGAUUUCUUGAAUUAAAGAAAUAUUUACAUGUUACUGAUAAUUCAAUUCAACAAAAUCGAACGGAUGCAAAUUUUGAUAGAGCACAUAAAGUUCGUCCAUUGUUGAAUAUUAUAAAAGAAAAUUUUAGGACAAUUCCAAAGGAAGAAAAACUAAGUGUUGAUGAACAAAUCAUACCAUUUAAAGGUAGAAGUAUAAUGAAGCAGCAUAUGCCGAAGAAGCCCAAUCGUUGGGGGUAUAAGAUGUUUCUUUUAGCUGGUGGCAAAAGUGGUAUAUGCUACGAUUUUAUUUUUUAUACAGGUAAAGGCAAUCAACAACAGCAUGGUUUUUGUACAGAUAUUGUACUGAAUGUUUGCGAAACUGUACCACGUUUUGCUAAUCAUAAAGUAUAUUUUGAUAAUUAUUUCACAACAAUUCGUCUACAAGUAGAGUUGAAGAAGUUGGGAAUUUUUUCCGUUGGUACGGUAAGGCCAAAUCGAUUAAUUGAUUUAAGCAUUAAAAAUGCAAAAGAUUUAUCAAGAGAAGGUAGGGGAGCGAUGAAUCAUCGCGUCACAGAGGUUGAAGGAGUGGAACUAUGCGUGACACGAUGGUAUGAUAACAAUGCUGUGAAUUGUCUUUCUACAUUGUAUGGUUGUGAACCGAUUGAUUCGGUGCAACGAUGGUCGUCGAAACAAAAAAACCAUAUACAAAUAAGACGACCACAGGUCAUAAAAGCUUAUAAUGAACAUAUGGGAGGAGUCGAUUUAAUCGACAUGUUGAUUUCUUUGUAUCGAAUAAAUGUUGGUUCAAAAAAAUAUUACAUAAAAAUUCUUUUUCAUCUUAUUGAUUUGUCAGUUGUCAAUGCAUGGUUGUUGUACCGACGCCACAGUUUGCAACUAAAUAUUACAAAAAAGGACAUAAUGUCUUUAUUGACUUUUCGUAUAAAUAUUGCUACAGCUUUACUUAAAUCUAGUCCACCACCACCUAUCAUAAAACGUGGUCGACCAUCAUUAGAAUCAAGAUUAAAAUCAAACGAAAACAACUCAACAGCAACUUUACGAACUACACCAACUUUGGCUCCACCUUCGAGUACACGAUUCGACAAAUAUGAUCAUUGGCCCAUCACAACAUCAAAAGGUCGUUGUCGAAAUAAUACCUGUGAUGGGUAUACAAGAAUAUCAUGUUCUAAAUGUGGAAUUCGUUUAUGUUUGAAUGAAAAAAAUAACUGUUUUACAGAUUAUCAUAAUUAA